UGAAGCCACUCCUGAAUCCACAAGACUACAAAUAGAGUCUGAAUUAUUUGCGCCUUAUAGGGGAUAUUGCGCUCGCAAAGGGAUUGGCAUGACCGAGGUUGUUUUAGAAGAUUCUGAUGUCUCAAAGGGACUGAUCGAAUACAUUAAUAACCAGCACAUCAACAAUUUUGUUGUUGGCGCCACAACAAGACAUGCACUUGCAAAGAAAUUCAGGAACCAUGAUUUGUCUACAACUUUAGUGAAAACUGCACCAGAAUUCUGCGCUAUUUAUGUCAUAUCGAAAGGGAAGGCGAUCACCGUGAGAUCAGCAAAAGGGCCCGUGCCAACAAAUGCUUGGCCUCCUAUAAGACCAGGAGGCUCUUUCGACUUUGAUGAUUCUGUCAGGUACGGAAAGGGAUCAAGAAGAGGAGCCGUACAAUCACAUUCUCCAUCUGAGCAAAUAAAGUCAUCCACAAGAGAAGGAUCUCACUCUGCAUUGAGCUCACCACUCCAUCACACGCAACGUGAUGGCCUCGAGUCAUCUUUCCGCCCUCCAAGAACCUCACUAGGUUCCCGAGAUUUCACAGAAGAGUUCCAGGGAAACUCAUGCUUCAACUAUGCAAGCGACUUCUCCAUAAUUCAAGAAUCUUUACCUCACUCUGGUGACUGCAGUGGUGAUUCUUCUCCUACCAGCAAUUCAAAGAAAGACUUGGAAGCUGAAAUGAAAAGAUUGAAGCUUGAGCUGAAGCAGACUAUGGAUAUGUACAGCAAUGCUUGCAAAGAGGCAAUCUCAGCUAAGCAAAAGGCAAAGGAACUAGUUCAACUGAAAAUGGAAGAAGCCAGAAGAUUCGAAGAAGCAAGAAGUGCGGAGGAAGCAGCUCUAGCAAUGGCCGAAAUGGAGAAAGCCAGAUGCCAAGCCGCCCUUGAAGCAGCCCAAGCAGCGCAGAAGAUGGCAGAGAUGGAAACCCACAGGAGAAGGAGCGCAGAACUCAAAGCAAAGAGAGAAGCUGAAGAGAAGAAGAGAGCUCUAGAUGUAUUAGCUCAGAGUGAUACCAGAUAUAGAAAGUAUAGUAUCGACGAGAUUGAGCUUGCUACGGAGUAUUUCGCAAAGUCGCUUAAGAUUGGCGAGGGAGGUUAUGGGCCCGUGUUUAGAGCUUGUCUUGAUCAUACGCCAGUUGCUAUUAAGGUGCUUAGGCCAGAUGCAGCUCAGGGCAGGAAGCAGUUCAACCAAGAGGUUGAAGUAUUGAGUUGCAUCAGACAUCCAAACAUGGUUCUCCUCCUCGGCGCCUGCCCAGAAUACGGCUGCCUCGUAUACGAAUAUAUGGAAACAAGCCUCGAAGACCGCCUCAUGCGACGAGGAAACACUCCUUCAAUCCCAUGGCCAAUCCGCUUCAAGAUCGCCGCUGAGAUCUCCACCGCCCUCCUCUUCCUCCACCAGGCCAAGCCCGAACCCUUGGUCCACCGCGACCUCAAACCCGCCAACAUCCUCCUCGACCGAAACUAUGUCAGCAAAAUAAGCGACGUGGGCCUCGCUCGCUUAGUCCCACCCUCCGUCGCCAACCAAGUAACUCAAUACCACAUGACUCAAACAGCGGGCACAUUGUGCUACAUUGAUCCAGAGUAUCAGCAGACCGGGAUGCUGGGCUGUAAAUCAGACGUUUAUUCGCUCGGCGUGAUGCUGCUACAGAUAAUCACGGCGAAACCGCCAAUGGGGUUGACGCAUCACGUAGAGAGAGCGAUAACGAAGGGGACGUUCGAGGAGAUGCUGGAUCCGACAGUUAAGGAUUGGCCGGUGGAGGAGUGUUUGAGCUUCGCGAAGAUGGCGUUGAAGUGCUCGGAGUUGAGGAGGAAGGAUAGGCCGGAUCUCGGGACGGUGGUCUUGCCGGAGCUUAACAGGUUGAGGAAUCUCGGGCAUGCGUUUGAGCAGCAACCGGGGUUUGGAGGGAGUAGUUGCAGUGGGAGCAGUGCAAGUGGGAGUAGUUUUGGGGGGAUGACUUCAGGGGAGCUCAGCAGGGGAUCUAUCGGAAGCUCCCGAGGGUCUACCGGAAGUUGAAAAUUUGGAAGUUGGUGCAUUUUCCCCCCUGAGAUGACAGACGAUAUUAUGUACUAAUUGGUUGGUUUAAGGAGAUGUAUCAGUUUGGCAUGAGUUUAACGUGCCUGUAAUUUUUUCGUGAUACUAAUUAAGGUCAAUGUGUCUCGUUC